AUGGUGGAACAUUUUCGAGAUGUUAAUGAGCAAGAAUUACUUCUAUUUAUAGACAAUAUCUUUUGUUUUGUCCAAGCGAGAUCCAAAGUAUCUGCCUUAUUGGGUAGAGUGCCUUCCACUAUGGGUUAUCAACCCACCCUUAGUACCGAAAUGGGUACUUUACAAGAAAGAAUUGCUUCUACUAAGGAGGGAUCCAUAACUUCUAUUCAAGCAGUUUAUGUACCUACGGAUGAUUUGACCGACCCUGCCCUUGCCACAACAUUUACGCAUUUAGAUGCUACUAUUGUCCUAUCAAGAGGAUUAGCUGCCAAAGGUAUUUAUCCAGCGGUAGAUCCUUUAGACUCAACAUCCACUAUGCUCCAACCUCGAGUCGUUGGUGUCCAUAAUGUGUAA